GAUGGGAACUGGCCGGCAAUAUGGCGAAUUGGCGACCGGGUUCGCAACGUUGUAGCACCGGCUAUCGGUUAAUCGGCGCAGACGAUUCCACCUGCCAGGCGGAUGGAACUUGGUCGACCGUGUCGCCUCAGUGUGAAGCCAGCUCUGACUUGCUUCGCGCCUCCUCCAGCCGUUCCCCACACGAUAGCUCCGGCAUCCGGAAAGCCAAUAGCCACCGCAAUUGAUUCACGCAAUUGAUUCUUCGCUGCCAGGAAGGGUUCACACCGGUCGGUGACAUGACGCUUCAGUGUUUGCACAAUCAACAGUGGUCCACUGUCAAGGGCCAUUGCAAGAGAGUGCACUGCAGUCAUCCAGUUGCUAAAGGAACAGCUUCUGUGGUCGUCAUCAGUGGAGAGGCUGAUGCUGGAAGUGGACAGUACCACUUCGGGGAUCGACUUCUUGUUAGCUGCAAACAUGGUCGCCAUCUAAAGGGAAGUAGUGCCAUAUUAGUUUGCCAGGCAGACGGCCAAUGGACAGGUCAGCCUCCGGUUUGCGAAUCUCAAUGCGAUACGGUUUGUCUAAAUGGAGGCUCCUGCAAUUCCAACAAUCGUAAAUGUACUUGUCAGCCUGGAUACAGCGGGGACCGUUGUCAACACGGUAUUUAAACCAUUUUUUUUUUACAUUAAAUGCAUGUUGAGUUGAGUUGAUUAGAUUUAACAUUUAGUUUGCGUAUAAAACAAACGUAGCUGCUCUCUUGAAUCGCGUACCCACAGCAACUGAAAGAUUUAGUUCACAAUUGCACGCUAUUACUAAUUAAUCGUGUAGAAUAAUUUCUCGACAAGUUGUUUUUUUGUUUGUUUGU